AUGCUGGUGGGUGAUUUCCAGACCUCAGGGGCUCCCAAGAGUAGGACAUUGCACGCGGGAGCUGACCGACAAAAUCGCCAAGUUGGAGCAGACAGUUCUUGCAAGAGAUGUAGCGGCAGCUGCAAUGCUUCAGAAUUGUGAAGACAUGGAAGAAGCUGGCACUGCUGCCUUGGCCAAAGUCAUGCUGGAGCUUCAAGCAGCUGUGAAGGCAAAGGACAUAGCAGAGAAAGAGCGGAACUCCGCUGAGGCAAAAGCUGCAGGUGACAAAGCGCGCUAUGACUACAACAUGGCUUAUGAAAUGGAAGAAAAUGAGAAGCAGGCAAUCCUUCAAAAACGCCAUGAGGAGGACAUGCUUGAAAUUAGAAAGGAACUCAAUCAAGCCAAAAAUGAUAGGGAGAAAGCUGACAUUGUAGCUUGGCAAAAUGGAUCAAGAUGCGACGCGCAGAUCAACCAAAUCAUCCAAGUCGCGGGGGCAUUUUUUCGGAUUUCUGAUGAGGCCCAUGCAAUCGCUUCACAAGCGAUGUCUGCCGACCGAAUCGAAGCGCUGGAGAAGGCCUUAGCAUUGAGCACCGCCAAACUAAAUGCGGUAUAUGCUAUAGGAGGCAUCGCCCGGAGCAAAGAUGAAAAGGAGAGGGACCUUAGAGCAGAAAUCCAGCAGAUGGAGCAGGACAAGCAAGACACGGGAAAGGAGAUGAGCAGAAUGCGGCUGGAACUGCUUGGGUUGCAGAGAGACAAAGACAGAAGGAAGGUUGAUGAACCUCAAUCGGGCCAAAUGUCCUCUUCUAGUCGCCAAGGCCGCCGCGGCGGAAAAGGCACCCGGAAGGGAACAGGCCACUUCUUGGAAAUCAUCGAUGAGGAGGAGGACGAUCUGCCUGAAACCCGAAGCCUGGAGACUUGGCCAUGAUCAAACCGCACAGGCAAUGUGAGUUGUUGAGGAUGAUGGAUGCACAAAGUAAUGCUCCUAUUUGCGGCACGCCUUUUUCCCUGUGAUGAGAUAUGAUGUAAUGAUUUUGCUGUUGCCCCUUUGCGAAGCUGGUGGCACAGAACUGUGCCAAAAGCACUGAUGUUGCAAGCGCCUGCGAAAAG